UCUCUAAGUAUCUACCGUUAUCAUCUUUUUUGAUACUACCAUGUUACUGUUAGACAUAGCCCUUUCUCCUUUGGCGGAAAGUCCAGCCCAGACUAUCUGCGAGCACUCACCCGACCUGGAGGGAAACCUGACCUCACGAGGUUUUCGCGCCAUCAGCGUUUUUUUUUUAUUACCGGACCACGGACGCGAUAGGACACGCUUGCAGGCAAAGUGAAUUGGUGAUUUUAUAGAUUUUAUGAGUCACGUUGAAAGCUAUUACUUCUAUUUCCGGGAGAGACUGGGUCCUAGUGUUACUCCAAGAUGGCGGACGAGAUGGAAGGAGAAGUGAUUUACAAAGCUGGGCAGAGCACCAGUGUCUCUGACAUAUGGGAUGACUCGGCUCUUAUUGAGGCGUACGACAGGGCUGUUAACUUAAUCAAGAAUGGUGAGCCUAGUCCUGGCAAGGGAAAGAACCGGAACAGAAAAAAACAACAAGGGAAACGUGAUGACAACAAGAAAGAAAACAACAACAGAACUUGGAAAGUCGGCGACUCAUGCAGAGCUAUCUUUUCUGAGGAUGGGUUGAUGUAUGAGGCAGUCAUUACGUCUAUAGAUUGUGAUGCACAGACAUGUAUUGUCAUGUAUCAGGGCUAUGGAAAUGAAGAAGAGCAAAAUCUAAAUGAUUUGCUGCCUUUGGAUAAAAGAAAAGUGGCAGAUUCACCAAUGACAGAGCAAGGAGAACAUGUUGUUGAUUCACCGCUCUACCCUCCAUACCAGUCACCUAGACUUAUGGAGAAUGGCCUUGAUGGAAGCAAUCAGGCAGCCACUCAGUGGCAAGUGAGCGACCUGUGUCUCGCCCCAGAACACCCAUCCGGACAUAUGCACCAGGCUGUGAUCAACACCUUCCUGACAGCUUACACGUGUAAAGUCACCUUCGUUAGGUCAAGGAGGAGUCAAGAGGUCCAGACAUCAAGACUCCAGUCUUUUGACAGUCGACAACCCAACCAGUACGGUCAAUCUUCAUACCACCAUCCCCCAGCCUAUCCCCCAGCCUAUCCCCCUGUGCCGGCACACUGGUCUCCAUGGCAACCACUACUUGGGCCUGGAGGACACAAUUUUCCACCAUUUCCACCUUCCCUAGGGCGUAGACCAAUCCCCCCAAUGCCGCCGGCACCACCCCACCCCUUCACCACACCCGAAGGUGGUGAUGACAGUGCCCUAGCCAGUAUGCUGAUGUCAUGGUACCUUAGCGGCUACCAUACGGGAUUCUACCAGGGGCUUCAACAAUCAAGAACCCGAUCACAUGCAGAUUCACAGACCCACUCUCCCAUGGAAACAACAGUCACCCCGUCUGAACCAGAUGAUGCCCAGACAUCAGGACAACAAACAGACAAUUCCCAAUAAUGCCAGAAAAAUUAUGGAAUAGCAGCGAAAUAUUAACCACAAAACACAUAAAUAUUAUGAAUUAUCACGGCAGUGGACUACUUCCUUUACUUGUUAUUGUUCAUUCACAAACAGACAAUUCCCAAUAAUACCAGGUUUAUUGGAAUAGCAGGAAAAUAUUAACCACAAAACACAUUUGUGUAUUAAUUAUCAAAGCAGUGGACUGCUUCCAUUGCUUGUUAUUGUUCAUUCACAGGAGGAAACUAUCACCUCAUUGAAAACAGUUGUCCUCAAACAGCUUCUAUGGAAAUGUAUGGUCAUAAAAAACUAAACAUAUGUU